AUGAAGUUGAUCUCAUCCGUGAGCGUCCUGUCGUGGACAGCAGCCACGACAGCACUCGCUGCCAAUCCUCACAAGCCCGUCAAUGUUGUCAAUCAGACGACGUGCGGAGGUACGAAGUAUGAGUAUACUGGACUUGCGGGAUACGGAUUCAUCCCGGCCACCGCCGUUGACAAAUAUGGGGAUACGCUGGGAGGGUUCGGAAGUGCCAUCGCGAUCGACCAGGAAUCCUGGCGCAAGACGGGCCGUGACUCGUACUCUGGCAUUAUCUACUGUCUUCCUGAUCGUGGCUGGAAUACGAAUGGAACGCUCAACUUCCAGUCGCGCAUUCACAAGCUGGCCAUUUCGUUCAAGCUGGCACCGGACGCAUCGGCCAAUGCCCCGUCCAAGCCCAACCUUCAGCUCAACUACCUGGAUACGAUCUUGCUGACCGGCCCCGACGGCCAGCCCACCACGGGCCUCGAUGCAGACAGUACGGGCUAUGCUUCGUACAACGGCUUCCCGCCUCUCCCCGCAGCCACAUAUGUUGGCGAUGGCUUCGGGGGGCCCGGUAAGGGAGGCAAGCGCGUCACAAUCGACGCGGAGGGCCUCGUCCUCGACAAGGACGGCUUCUUCUGGAUCUCGGACGAGUACGGGCCCUACGUGUACAAGUUCGACAAGCGCGGCAAGAUGGUGCUGGCCCUGCAGCCGCCGCAGGCCUACCUCCCCCGACGUAACGGGACCCUCAGCUUCAGCGCCGCCAGCCCGCCGCUCUACGCGCCCAACCAGCUGCCUGUGCCAGCGGACCCCACGACCGGCCGCAACAACAACCAGGGCUUCGAGGCACUGACACUCUCCCGCGACGGCAAGACGCUGUACACGAUGAUCCAGUACAAGCACGAGUACGCCGUACUCCUGCCCCGCUACGACGACUACACGGAGCAAGACCCCAAGGACGCAUCCAAGGUCGCCUCGCAGUCCGAGAUCCACCAGCUGCCCACGGGCGACUUCCUCAUUCUCGCGCGCGACUCGGGCUUCGGCCACGGCCAGCCCCAGUCCCGCUCCGUCUACCGCCACGCCGACGUCUUCUCCAUCUCCAAGUCCACCACGGACCUGAAAGAUACCUACGACGCCGUGAAUGGGUCCAUCGCUAGUGCAAAGGGCGUGCUGAACCCGGCCAUCACCCCUGCCGAGUACUGCCCGUUCCUGGAUUUCAAUGUCGACGCAGAGCUGGCGAAGUUCGGUCUGCACAAUGGAGGUGCACAGGAUGCUGGUCUGCUGAAUGAAAAGUGGGAGAGUCUGGCUCUUGUGCCUGUCGAGCCGAAUGGCUGUCAGGAUAAGCCAUCGAAGAAGGCGAAGGAGUACUUCCUUUUCAGCUUCAGUGAUAAUGACUUUGUCACUCAGGAUGGACAUAUGAACUUUGGCCGCUUCAAGUAUGCCGAUGAGUCGGGCUACAACCUCGACAACCAGGCGCUGGUUUUCCGGGUCAGAUUCUAG